AUGGGGGAAAGAAUGGAGAAAAAGAGAUUAGAUUCACCUCACUCAUCUGAAAUGGACAAAGGAGAUCCAGUCAAGGUCACAAUGAAAAACCUCACCACAUUAACUGACUUCAUCCUGCUGGGUCUGACAGAUGCUCCUGAAUUCCAGGUUGUGCUUUUCCUCUUUCUCCUUCUCACUUACAUGUUCAGUGUCAUUGUAAACAAAACCAUCAGUUUUGCUGGCUGCUUCACUCAGUACUUUUUGGCGACAUUUUUGGGGGCCACCGAGUUUUACCUCCUGACUGCCAUGUCCUACGAUCGCUAUGUUGCCAUCUGCAAGCCCCUACAUUACACAAUCAUCAUGAGCAGCAGAGUCUGUGUCCUGCUUGUUCUUUGCUCUUGGUUGGCUGGGUUCCUGACUUCUCUCUUGGUAAUCUUAAUGGCACAUCGCCUAAACUUCUGCUCUUCCAAUGUCAUAAACCAUUAUUGCUGUGAUACAACUCCCCUUCUGAAGCUAUCUUGCUCAGAUACCAGUCUAACAGAAUUGGUUGAUUCACUCUUAGCUGUGCUGACACUUGUAAUAACCUUGGUGCUCGUGAUGCUCUCUUACACAAACAUCAUUAGAACAAUUCUCAGAUUUCCUUCUGUUCCACAAAGGAAGAAAGCCUCUUCCACCUGUUCCUCCCACAUGAUUGUCAUCUCCCUCUCUUAUGGAAGCUGCAUCUUCAUGGAGAUCAAGCCCUCAACAAAGGACGAUGCCACCUUCAACAAGGGAGUAGCUGUGCUCAAUAGCUCAAUAAGCCCUCUACUGAAUCCCAUCAUUUAUACCUUGAGAAACAGGCAGGUGAAACAAGCCUUCAAGGACUUGGUCCGAAAGAUUGUGGGCCAUUCAUAA